UAGUGGGAUUGCUGGGCUUUUAAAAAUGAAUGCGUCCACUUUAUUGUGUCAGAGAUUCAUAAUUACUGUCUUUUAUAAUUCUAAUCUUUUAUUAUUAUAUUCUUUACUAACAGUUAAAAUAAUUGCAUUUCCAUGUUCUGUGUACUGUGGGAGACCAGAUAUAGUGAAUGCAGGGUCCUGGGAGACCGGAUAUAGUGAAUGUAGGGUCCGGGGAGACCAGAUAUAGGGAAUGCAGGGUCCGGGGAGACCAGAUAUAGGGAAUGCAGGGUCCGGGGAGACCAGAUAUAGGGAAUGCAGGGUCCGGGGAGACCAGAUAUAGGGAAUGCAGGGUCCGAGGAGACCAGAUAUAGGGAAUGCAGGGUC